AUGGGCAUCACACCUCUCAUAGUUGCUUGUGAGCACGACAAGAUAGAGCUGGUUGAAAUUCUAGUAACAAAGGUAGAUGUCAACCAGCAAUUGAGAAGUAACGGCUAUGCUCCACUUCAUAAAAUGGCUAGUGAUGGCAAUCCAGACAUAGCUGCGCUCCUAUUAAACAAUGGAGCUAUCGUUGAUAAAGAGUCACAUGACGGUCUCACUCCACUCCACGUUGCGGCAUCGGCAGGGAAUAUGGACGUUAUUGAUAUUCUCCUUCGUUAUAAAGCUAAUAUUAACGCCCAAGAUUGUGCUAAAACUACACCACUAAUUCGAGCGGUUCAAGACCGCCAUCGUGAUGCAGCAGUAAAACUUAUCGAUGCUGGAGCCAAUGCUGAUAUUUGUGCAAUAAAUGGCAUACAUGUUCUCCAUUUUGCCGCUUAUUUGGACGACAUCAAAACAAUUGAACUCUUGGCUCAAAAGGGAAUCGAUUUGAAUACAAAAGACGCCAAUGGUAUAUCUCCUCUUCAUAUUGCAACACUCAAAGGCAACACCUCGGCUGUAGAAGCUUUACUCUCUUGCGGGGCAAUAGCUGAUAUUCUGAAUAAUGAUGGUUUUACUCCACUUCAUCUUGCUGUCAAUAAUGACAAUGUGGAGAUAACCGAGUUGUUAAUGGACAAAGGGGCUAGCAUAAACGUUGAAGUUGAAGGGAAAGCCCCUGCAAUAUUCUCCAAAUCACCGAAAAUGAAUCAGCUGUUUCAAGAAAGGGGCAGUCAAAGCCAAUGUGAAGAAUUGCCGAUAAAGAAGGAAGAGGAAGAGAAGAGUGUUACAGAGCAAAGGGAAGUAGCUGAACAUGCACCGAAACCGGAACAACAGGCUUCUGAACAGGGAUCAAAUGCUAAAAGCGUUCAAUCAAUGAAAAGGGUGAUGGAUGAUCUAAGUGAACAAUACAAUGCGCUACUUCCUGCAUGCUGA